AUAGAUAGAUAGAUAGAUAAAUAGAAAGAUAGAUAGAUAGAUAGAUAGAUAAAUAGAUAGAUAGAUAGAUAGAUAGAUAGAUAGAUAGAUAGAUAGAUAGAUAGAUAGAUAGAAAAAGAAAAGAACAUUUAAAAACAUGUUAAACAGUAGAGACGUAAAGGACUACUUGUCUCACCAUCACCUUCCUCAGCUGCUGGAGAGUUUGUUAACAGGUCUUCUUUAUCACCAUCCUGAGGACCCAAUCAGUUUCCUCCACAGCUGCCUGACCACAACCAGACAUCUUGGAGGUCCCAGAGCCGUCACCUGGGACACCUUCAUCCACCUGGAGAGACACAGGCCAAGUCAGGGACCCCCUUGGACAACAUGUGUUCCCCCUAAGGCACAAUUUGUAAUCACCAGUACACCACCCCCAAGAACAACAUCUGAACCACUGAAUACAACAUCCGUAGCCCCCAAGACAACAUUUGUGUCUAUUACAACACCAGAAAUACUUCAAACAACUUCCCAGAUAACUCCUUUGACACCAUUAAUAACCCUUAAAACAUCUAUCCCCCCAAUAAAAACCCACAAAACACCCACAUUACUCCAAACAUCAGCACUUAAACCUGUGACAGAACCCCCAAAACCUCAAAAUAUACCCCCAAAACCUUCAAAGACAUCUCCUACUCCAAGGGUAAUACCACCAAUACCCCCAACAUCCAUAACAGCCCCACCUAGACAUUCUGGUUCCCAAACAACCUCAAUUAAGCCCAUAAUAACUUUCUUAACCCCACUGACACCACUAGUUUCCUCCAUCAGCAAUAAAACUCCCAAAACAGCUUCUGAACAAUAUGCCAAACUCCUCCCCCCAGCCCCACCUGGACCUGCAGUAAUCCCUCCACCUAACCUUACUGAGACGAAAGAAGAAUGGAACAAAAAUACAGACAACCCAGAGGGUCCUCCUCCUUCUCCAGUCCUGUCUCAGCUUUCCAUAGACUCCGACUCUGACAUGACAGAAAGUUCUGGACUCCAGCAGGAAGUCAGCAUCAAACUUUCUCAGAGACAAUGCCCUAUUAUCUUUAUCAUUGGUGGUCCAGGAAGUGGGAAAGGAAACCAAGCAGCUCUUCUAGCUAAAAGCUUCAACCUCAGAGUCAUCUCAUUGGAUGAGUUGCUCAGGAGGCAGCUACUAAGCCAAGCCUCCCCCAGCAGGAAGUGGGAGGUCAUUUCACAAAUGAUGAGUCACGCAGAGAUGGGAUCACAGGUCAGAGUCAAUAACAUUUACCAUGCAGCAUCAACCAUCAACCAUCAACCAUCAACCUUACACAGACCCUGGACAAUUUUCUGUGACUGA